AUGGCAGUGUCAUUGAAAUCGUCAAGCUCCAGGUGGGCAAAAUCGGGUGAAGGUCAAAGUUGGAAACAAGGUUCUUCAGUGACUGCAAGGUUCCUGUUCCUGAAGUAUUGUAAUGGUCUUCAACAACAACAAGGCUCUUCGGCCGAACUGAACAAGAAGAUGGGAGAUGGCUAUAGUGACAACUUCUUUGGAUUUGUUGAGGCCCAAAAAGUCAUGAGAAACCCAUCUCCAACUCUUCGUCUAGCUGCCAGAAACAUCAAUACAAAACACGCAGCCGUUGGAAGAAGAACAGAGUACUCCCCCUAG